UAUAGGAUUAGUUAUAAUGUUGAUUUUGUAAUAAGAUCUUUUCAAAAGAAGAGUGAAUGACAUAAAAAAAAAUAGAUAUAUAUAUAUAUAUUUAGACAAUCAUUUGUCAACAUCUACUGCCAAUCGUGUUUUACAUCCACUUCUUUGGAUGAAGCGUGGAAAUAACCAAGACUAAAGCGCCUCCAGUCCCUCCCGAUCUGCCGUUGGAUACAACAUAACCUGAUCUAACCUAUUCGUCUUUUGUCAAUAUUAUUGAUGAAAAGAACGUAAGAUAAAUAAUGGAGAAAAAUGAAGAACUUAUUAUCUGUGUGCCUGGUCAAAGAUUAUGUGUGUCUGACAAAGUUAAUAUUGCUGGACCAGGAACGUAUGAGCAGCAAGGUUAUAUUUAUUCAAAGCUUGCUGGCAUUGUAAAAUUGAUAGCGAAUGAAAAAACUCGUAUAAUUGAAGUGCACGGUAUAACGGAACAGAGCAUCAUUCCUGCACCAGGGGAUAUUGUCACAGCAAUGGUAACUGUGGUCAAUCAGAGAUUUUGCAAAUGCAGCAUCAAGUGUGUAGGCGACAUAGUAUUAACAAGACCUUACAGAGGGAUUUUAAGGAAAGAGGACGUCAGAGCAGUCGACAAGGAUAAAAUAGAGAUGUAUAAAUCUUACAGACCGGGAGAUAUCAUUUUAGCAAGAGUUAUGCCAAUGACAGAGGCUCACACUUAUCAACUAAGCACUGCAGAAAAUGAGUUAGGAGUAGUUAUAGCUCAUAGUGAAGAAGAAAUUCGGCAAAUGAUGCAUGGAUUCGGGGAUAGCAGUGAACCAUUGUUGGAGUCUGCAAAGAUCAUAGAGGAAGUUGUGUUGCAACAAAUGAGAGCAAUUAUCAAGAGAGCUAGCGAGAUCGCUGAUAGACGAGCCAGUUCAAAGAAGAGCAAUGUCCUUAACGGAGAAGACUUUCUUUUCUUAUUGCGUAGAGACAAAAUUAAACUUCGUCGCAUCUUGAAAUAUCUUGAAAUCAAAGAAAUCGGAUUUUCAGCUCAUAAGAUUUUGGAGAAUGAUAUGCCAGAAAACAUUAAUGAUACCGAUCAGUUGAAUGGCAUCAAGAAAAAGGUACCAUUCCAAAAUUUUCUGGAACAGAUUGAUAAUACGGGCGAACUUCUCGAAAAUAUAUCAUCCACUACGGAUGACGUCAAGCAACAAAGAUGCGUCCGUGCGGAAAUAGUGACGAGGUCCAUGGACGAGAUACGUUACAUGAAAUACAGCAAGGCGCGUCGUAUAUCCUUCGCAAACAAAGGACGCCAUAAAUUCAGUGAUUGGAUUUGUGUGGAUGGAGAUAUCACACUGUCGAAACAGGCGUACACAAUCUUAAGUUAUUUGGCCUACGAAACAGUUGCUCAAAUCGUCGAUCUCGCCUUCCUGGUCCGGCAAGAUCAAAGUAAAAUAUACGGUGACCCCAUAGAUCGGCAACGCUUGAGCUAUGUUAAUCCAUUUACGUACAAGCCGUAUAUCACAAGCCAUUAUUAUCAUGGCAAAAACGUCGCAACGAAACCGUUAACACCUUCGGAGAUAACCGAGGCUCUUAGAAGAUACUGGUCUCCACAGCUGGCUAUGACAGGCCCGUUUAAUAAAUGGUCAAUGCGAGGGCCGCAUUUAAAACUUCUUUCCUGUUAGGCAUAAAGAACAGAGAGAAAGAGGUAAGAGAUUCGAUCGUGAUUAUUGAACGUGCCGAAGUAACAACGGGAAAAUCUCCACGCAAAAUAAGCGCGAUGGCCUGCGCCGUAGCAACUGCAAUCAUAAUUAUCCGAUAGCGGAGAAUGUCGGGGAAUGACGCGCAACACUCGUGAUUCUAAAAUUGACUCGUAUUUAUUGACAUUUUCCUCGGUUCUUGUACAUUUCUCGAAUCCGCAACGUUACGCAAGAUCGCAUCGCGACCGUCCUUUCCCAUCAGUUUUCCCGCUCGCGUCUUUCAGUUGGAUUACAAAACUGAAUAAAAUCAUCACGUAGAGAUAA